GCAGAAAGAAAGCACGCCCUUGUUGCAGCGAUGCAGCCAGAGAUACUCAGGUCGUUGCUGGGAUUUCCCACAAGGAGAAGAAUGUCACCAAUUAUGAUUUGCCACGUUCAAUCAAUGUCUGCACUGUGUUUUCAUUUGUGCCUCCACCGUCUUCCCUUUUCCAAUUUUACCAAUCUAUGUCCUCCACUAGCAUGCUGGACAGCGGCAAGCUUGGGAACUUUGAUGAGCCCUCAACGUCUUUGAAUCCAUAUUUUGUAGGGAAUAUGGCAACAGACUCUGCAGUGAUCGAUGCUGCCAACGCCUGGGAAUGCUACCUACAGCAAAAACGUGACAGAGACAGGGACAGAUCCGGAGAGCAUGGCCAUGACAAAAGAAGAAGAAGACGAUGCAGAGACAGGGGAAAGCAGAGCUCUUCCUCGUCACACAACAGUGGGAGAAAGCAAAUGAAGCACAGGGAGUCGACGGAGCAUGUGUAUAAACGUUGCAGAAUUGAUGGAGCCAGUGGUAAAAAAAAGCAGAAAGAGGAAAAGGACGGAUCGCAAAAACCAUCACAAAGGAGUAGCAACUUCAGUGGAAAGGAUGACAGGAAGAAAAGAAGUUCUCAAAAGAAGGGCAAAGAUGGAGGGAGGCCUCAGAAAGCAACUCUGCCAGCUAAGAUGGAAAAUUAAAAUUUCAGUGGCUUUAGAACAUGUUGGAAAAGCUUUGUCCCUAAAGAACCCGGGCUAAGUUUCAUGUGAAAAUGAAUUUGUUCUCAUUACAUUCUUUAAAGCUUGUGUUUUCUGUAUCGUUUCUCUGGGUGUAGCUGUGUGAAUCCAUGUGAGCUUUGCUUGUAAGAAGAGUUCCUCACGCUGAACUGUCUUUUUUUGCUUUUUUUACGACUUUAUUGAGCAUUUAACCAAAUGUACCAUCAGAUGUACUACACGGGCCAAAGCAUGACAGACAGAACCACAGUAAACAGACCUCAGGCCAUCCACUGAUCAACAGAAACCUAGUCAGUUUUUUUCUUGAAAGUAAGAAAAAAUUAGUAAGGCCUCCACAAAGUCUCCUAUUUAAAUGUUAUUUGUUAACAUAUAAUGAACACAUUGAUCCUUUAUUUUUUUAUACAUUUUCUUUGCCAGUGGUUUGAAUAACUUAGCCAUAGCUUCUGAGACAACAGAAAGAAACCUCACAGACGACUACUUGGCAACGUGUCUUCAGCUCAACGGAUGAAGAUGACAACCACUGUCAGUACAAACAGAAUAAAGCCUACAUUUAAAGGCCAUA